AUGGACCAGCUCGUGCUCUUGGAGACCGUGUCAAUCUCAUCCCGGGCCCAGCGUGCGGCCAUUUGGGGAUAUGACCUACUCAUACUUGUUGUUUGCACUGGUGUUUCCUUCAUCUUACUUCUGCUUCACGCGUUUGUAUCAACAACUUCCGUCAAACGCUUAAUCACAAAGCUUUGCGGCCGAGAACACCUCGAGGACAAUGUCGACUCGACACCUCAGCAGCCUGUUAUACAACGCGCUGGCUUUUCCCCUUACUUGUACUCUCAUAUUAAAGAACAUGGCGGAGCUACUGUGCUCAUAUGGAAGGUUCUGAGACUACUGGCCUGCCUCACACUUACUGGCUUGACGAUUGGUGCGAUCGUGUCAAUCAACAAGGAGCAUAACGCAAUUGGCGUAAAGCAAUAUGAAUCCGAACGAGUCAAUGAGGCAUACUUGCACUCGGAUGUGAACGUAGUGAACAAAGCGCAAGGAAGUAAACACAAGAAAUACAAGAGGCGCGAGAGACGGUUCAGCACUGCCGAGUGGAUCGAGAUAUCGCUAUACAUGUUCUAUACAUAUACGACUAUUCUGGCCAUCCUUGCACUUACUCUCGCACCUCGCUUCCGUGCCGUCGCAAAUGUCCAUCUGGUUGUAUUGCUUCUGAUCGCGUUUGCUGUGUACACAUGGCGAGAUCUGGUGCCUUUCGCAACCUACAAUCUACAUCCUGCCGACGCUGUGGGAGGAUGGCUGACAUGGACUCGUAUUGGUGUGCUUGGGUUUGCUUCGGUCGUGGUUCCAUUGUUUAUUCCGAGGAUAUAUGUGCCCCUCGACCCCAAACAUCCUAGCGACAUUCCCAAUCCUGAACAGACCGCAUCACUUAUCUCCCUGGCGCUCUACACAUACCUCGACCCUCUUAUCUGGACUGCAUACCGUGCGCCAAAGCUAGAAUACGAGCAACUGCCACCACUGGCCGACUAUGAUUGCGCGUCAUAUCUGAAGCAGCGAAGCUUCAAUAAAUUGGACCCAUUGAAGCGUACAGAACGACGACACUUCUUUUGGGGACUAAUGUCAGUAUUCUGGAAGGAGCAUAUCGCUAUGGCCAUCAUGCUUGUUGUCUAUGGGUUAAUGGAGUUUGCUGGCCCGGUGGGGAUCAGAUACUUGGAAGAACCGUCGAGCCCGAGCCUGCUUCGGCCUUGGUUCUGGGUAUAUUGCUAUUCCUCGGACCCGUUUUCAGCACCAUCGUUUAAUUGGUACGUAUUCUUGAAGAUGGCCACAAUUGCUCGAGCUACGGGGAUGAUUUCUCAACUGCUGUUUGAACACUCCCUCCGGAUUCGAGUGGUGACCCAAAUCGCCGAUCGGUCGAAUGGCAAAACGUCUAGGUCUGCGUCUCACAUCGGCACAACCACAACUACUCAGAGCGAGGAGAGAAUGGACGCCGAGUACCUCAAUAGUUCUGAAGCAAGCGAAGAAGACGAGUCCGAGAGUACUGUUCACGCCGCUGAAGGGAGUAACACUCAGACUCUCAUUGGGAGUGUAGGCUCUACUAAGGGGAAGGAAAAUUCGGACGAAGCAAGUAAAGAACAGAAUGGUAACUCGAACCUGGUCGGAAAGAUCAACAACCUCAUGUCCAGUGAUAUGGAAAACGUGACAAAUGGCAGUUAUUUCUUGAUGGGUGCCGUGAUAGGGAUGGGUUUCAUGGUCCUAUCGUUCCCUGUUACCGGAAUACUUGCAAGGUUGGUCAACGAUGUCCAAACCAAGCGAAUGAGAAAAACCGAUGAACGCGUCCAGGCGAUUUCAGAAACUCUCAGCAUCAUACGAAUGGUCAAACUUUUUGGCUGGGAGAAGAAGGUGCUUGCGCGUGUGGAGGAAAGGCGCGAGAUAGAAUUGGAGUACUACAAGAAGAAGCAGUGGAUUGGACAAGUAGGCCAGGACAUUAAUCAUGUGCUCCCGUUAAUUGUCAUGGCACUCACAUUUGCCUGCCAUACGUUAUGGUUCGAGAAACCAUUAACCGCAUCAAUUGUAUUCGCUUCUAUCGCAGUCUUCGACAUCAUGCGUAACCAACUGCAAAUACUAUCCUGGCAAAUCCCGCUUUCUGUUCAGGGCAAGGUUUCUAUAGAUCGUAUCGACGAGUUCUUGUAUCAGACAGAGCUACUUGAUACAUACACCAAAAACAUGUCAGACCUUGUCGAGGCUGAUGUACUCAGGCAAGAUGCGAUUGGUUUCAACAACGCAACCUUCGAAUGGUCUCGCCAAGCUCCUGGCACGCCCGCCCCUUCCAGACGCAACUUCAGGCUCCACAUCGACCAAGAGCUGCUGUUCCACCGCGGCAAGAUCAACAUGGUCGUCGGCCCGACAGGAUGCGGAAAGACCAGCUUGCAUGGCCUUGUUGGGGUAAGCAUACUGCGCAGCGAUGAUCUGUUAGCAUACACACUCAUUCUCGUAUCCAGAGAGAUGCACUUUGUGCCAGUGCACCAGACUCGUGGUUCUCUCUGCCGAGACAAGGAGGCAUCGCGUAUGCUGCCCAGGAAGCCUGGGUCCAAAACGAACUAUACGAGACAACAUUCUGCUUGGAGCGAGUACGACGAAGUGCGGUACAAGAAAGUGAUAUCGCAGUGUGCGCUGGAGAGGGACCUGACGCUGUUCGAGGCAGGCGACCAGACAGAAGUCGGUGAAAAGGGCAUGACGCUGAGCGGAGGUCAGAAGGCUCGAGUGUCGCUUGCGCGCGCGAUCUACUCGAAGGCGGACAUCAUCAUACUCGAUGACGUGCUCUCUGCGCUGGAUGUGCACACGUCGCGGUGGAUCGUGGACCACUGCUUCCGUGGGGAGCUUGUGGCAGGAAGGACGAUGAUCAUAGUGGUUGCACACUUUGUGGUGUCACUUGGACCGGACGGGCGGAUUGCGGAGGCAGAGAAAGACGAAGAGCUGGAAAGGAAAGGUGAAGAAGUAGUCGAUGAGAGUAAUGCUGUGGACAAGAGCGAAGCAAACGCGAAGAAAGAGAUGGGAAGCUGA